AUGAAUGCGAGCGAUAUAGAACUUGUCGUUGAUAAUUGUAACGGUGGUGUGAAGAAUUGUAUUUUUGAAGAUGAAGAAGUUGAUGAUGGUGAAGAUGAUGAUUUUAACGAGGGAGAAAAUGACGGUGAAGACGGUGAUGGUGACCAGCAUUGCGAUGAUGAUGAUGAAGAAUUUGAUGAUGGUGAGGAUGAUGAUUUUAACGAGGAUGAAAACGACAGUGAAGACGGUGAUGAUGACCAACAUUGCGAUGAUGAUGAAGAAUUUGAUGAUGGUGAGGAUGAUGAUUUUAACGAGGAUGAAAACGAUGGUGAAGACGGUGAUGGUGACCAACAUUGCGAUGAUGAUGGUUUUUUUGAAGAUAACCAAGAAGACAAUACUGAUCAUGAAGUUCACGGGGCACACAUCACAUAA